GUGCUAGAACAUUGACAGCUGACAGCGGCAAUUUGUAAACAUUGCAAUUACGAAACCCACAGCAAAGCGUUGAAUUUAAAAUAUGCAAUUUUCAAUUGUAUCAAAAAAGGACGGUUAAUUUAUUUACUAUUUUGUAUAAUAUCCUCUCUUAUCUGAAUAGUUUCAUGUGCGUGCGCAUGUGCUCCAUUCAUCAAUAAGCACCGUGGGAGAUAUCAAAGCCGAUAAUUGAUGUGUGAUUGUUUAUCUGAUUUCGUUCUUUUGUACUUUUAGGUAUUCGUGAGGAAUUGGAUUUUCAUGAAAGGAUUCCCCGUAAAUAAUUUAUUAAACUGUACACAAAAGGAGAUCUUUAUAUAAAUGGGACAUUCUGAAAGCGAUGGUGACAUUUCCGAAAAUCAUGGUGUACACUUUCUCCUUCACGAAAGCGAUCCAAAACGUUCUCGCUCAAACCAGCUUGCAUGGUGUGUUUCAUCUUGUGCACAAACGCAGCACAUACGUUGAAAAAGUAAUAUGGCUUGGCAUCAUUUCGAUGGCCCUGUUUGCCGGGUGCUACAACGUCGGCAGCUUUUGGGUGCGCUACUGGACCAACCCGACCGUGAUAGCGCUGGAUCGUGACUAUCACCUGUGGAACACCACGUUCCCCAGCCUGACCGUGUGCUUUCAGAAGCGGUUGAACGAAGCGGCCCGCGAUCAACUGAUAGCACAGGUGGAUCCGGAGCUGGCCGAGCGGUAUGGCGAGUUUUUGGACACGCUGCUCGAGAGUGACAUCGAGAAUGUGGGCCAUCUGGCCGAGUUUGACGAGUUCGAGGGGACCAAUCUGCGCCAGCUGCUGAACGAGCUGACCGAUCGGCCGAACGCGGUCGUCACGAUGGAGGGUGAUCUGCACGGAACGCUGGUACGAUCGCUGACCGAGAUGGGCAUUUGCUACACGUUCAACACGGCUAUCGGUCGGUACCUGAGCAUUGAUCCGUACGCGCCGGACGAAAAGCUGUACGAAGUGAGCGUGUUCAAUGGGGAAGCAUCGGCAACGAUAUCGAACUGUACCUCUAAUGGGAAUAUUUUCUUCCACAGCCCGUAUGAGAUGCCAACGAUCCGGAAGUCAUUGCUUAUCGAGCGAGGAUUUUUCACAUUCACCAAGAUGGAUUUCAACGCACUGGCAAUUACAUCCGUUCCCGCUUUGAAGAGUUUAAGUAUCAAGCAACGGAAGUGUCGCUUUCCGCACGAGUCCAACUUGAAGUUCUUUCCGGAGUACUAUUCGUACGGGUUGUGUCUACUGGAGUGCAAAUUCUACCUAUUUCUCAAGCAUUGCGAUUGCAUUCCUUACUUUUAUCAGAUAUCAGAUCCCUCCAAGUACUGCAAGCUCUCGCAACUUGCCUGUGUGGAGCUGUACCAAAGCUACAUCUCUUUUCUGACGGCCGACGAGCUGCGGGAAAUCUUUGGUGCGUGUAAUUGCCUGAAAAACUGUGACGAUGUCACGUUCACGCUGCAGCACUACGGCUCAACGUUCUGGUUUAACGAUCCGGUAAUUAAAUGGAGCAUCCGCAUACCGAAAAUUCGUUACAGUCGAAGAAUCAUUUUCGACUUUAUCGAUGCGAUGGUGUCCACCGGCAGCAUUCUGGAGUUUUUCUUCGGCUUCAGCAUCAUCACGCUGGUUGAGCUGGCGUACUUUUCCAUGAGAAAUCUCAUCCUUUCCUGCUUGCGCAUCAAAAUGAUAACAAGAAUCUGCAAGCGCAAGCAGCGCAAAGUAAAGAAUGGUAUUAUUGGCAACCAGACGAUCAUUAAAAAAGUGCCUACAAUUCGGGUUAAUUGAAGAAAAAACGAUGUUUCCCGUAUAGCAUAGCAAUAACUUAUUUUGAACUUUGAAUGUCCUCCACGUGACUGUUGGAGCUGGGCACUGCGUACUCACAGCACAACAAAGCAAACUGACAACCGUUAACUGUCAACGCGAAAUGUCAAGACAACGGCUUCAUUUUUCGGAAAUUGUAAACGGUCGAUUGCAUUGUGCUACAGAUUUGUCGAAAAAAGUUUAUAUUUUAUUAAGUUGUUUGUUGAAAGAUACACAAUGUCGUACACCGAAUACUCGAAGGAACUAGAAGCGUUUAUAGCAAAGCAAAGACAGUUACUAGAGUUGGAUAAGGAGCGUAUCCAGCGUAUCAAGCAGGAAGAUCCACACACACAACAUACACCUUCCCGCGCGGAAGAAUUGCAAAAGGAUGAUGUUUCCGUGCAAGAGAUAGCUAACAACAACUGUCCCGCCAACGAUAAGCUAUCGAAGGAAAAGGUCAACUCUCAGCUUAGUAAGAAAACGGCCACGGUACCCGAUGUGGAAGCCGGACCAAGCGGAAAAGCACCCCGCGAGCGAAAUGUUUCUUCUGCCAGCUCUAUUGAUUCACGGCCAAACAUGGACCACCGAGCGCGCAAUGUUGUGGCCGCACCGACGACACCAACCGACGCAGCACCAUCACCACCACCAGCAACAGUCCCGUCGGCUGCUCGUGCGAAACAAAUGUCGCCGCAACAGGUGAGUACUAAUUGAAGGAUGAAUACAAUAUUUCGCCACGAAUUUCGGCCACGGAUUCGGCGCAGUGACUUUCCUGGUCGAUUCCUGUUUGAAAUAGCGAAGGCUUACGAACGAACGUCCUGCUAUUGGGCAGAGGUCGGUCGGUGUGAUUCGAGAACCGUUUGCCUGCCAGUGCCUUCCAAGACGACCACUUGGCAAGACAUACACCGCACCACGGUGGCCGUGCGCGUUCGUUUUCUCGGUAUCCGAUUGCCGAUAUUGAACCGUUUCGUCUUGUCUUCCAGUUCCGAUUGUGCGCUCCUUUUGUGCAACUACUACCGAGCCGGCAUGUUAAUCAGUUGCGUGUUAAUGGUGUUGACGAUGUGAAAAAAAAUGCGAUUAUAUGUUUAAUUAUGUGAUAAAACAUUCAUUGAUAAUCAUC